GAGGACAUCUGGUUGGUAAACGCGAAAGCAUGCCUGUUCGUUCGUAGGUGUGAUGUUUGUUAGCCAUCUACCUGCCGAUGUGGUGUCCAGAACAUGCUGAAUUGAGAUUUCGCAUACAUCACUUUAUCAUCGGAGGGACAUUUCGUAAUUUUAUGGCUGUGUACUGCUGCACACUUGCAUGAUUCUUCAUUUGUUGUUCGCUGGCGUCUGUGACUGGUUGCAGGAGUAAAUUAGCCAGCUUAGCCUGACAAAAUAGGUCAGUUUUGAUACGUCGCUAGCUAGCUAUCAGUUGUGUGAACUAGCUACUUGAAAGUGUUUCACAGUAGUAAGCCAACAGGAAUUGUUUAUAUUUAUCACGUACGUUACCCCUCAAAGAAUGGUGGUGUUGAAAAGCGUUCCUCCUCCAAGUGAAGGAGUCCGGCACGAACAAGCCGAAACCACAGCGGUUUUGGACGGGAAAGGACUUGGAUCAGGAACUCUUUACGUCGCUGAGUCGCGUCUUUUUUGGUUCGAUGGAUCUGGGAUGGGGUUUUCAAUGGAAUACCCGACGAUCAGCCUCCAUGCUAUCUCCCGCGAUCCGAGCGCCUAUCCACAAGAGCACCUGUAUGUCAUGGUCAACGGCAAAUUGAGUGAUGAUAACGAAGCCGAGAUGCCAGAGCCUGCUCAGGAGGAGAAUGAAGAUAGUGACAGUGAUAGCGACAGUGCCACAGCCAUCACAGAGAUCCGCUUUGUGCCCAGCGAUAAGGCCGCAUUGGAGCCCAUGUUCUCUGCCAUGUGUGAGUGCCAGGCCCUACACCCGGACCCAGAGGAUGAGGACUCUGACGAUGACUUUGAGGGCCAGGAGUAUGAUGUGGAGGAGGCAGAAUCUGAAGUCAGAAGAAAUUUAGAGCAAGGCCAAGGUGAUGUGCCCACGUUCUACACCUAUGAGGAGGGUCUGUCCCACCUGACGGCCGAGGGCCAGGCCACUCUGGAGCGGCUGGAGGGGAUGCUGGCUAACUCUGUGGCCCAGCAGUUCCACAUGGCUGGUGUCCGGAUGGACGAACCCUCAGCCGAGUUUGAGGAUGGUAUGGAGGUGGACUCCAGUUCAGCCGUGGCUGGCCAGUUUGACGACGCUGACGUAGAUCACUGAUGGACCGUGCCUCAGCCGAUGGAGGCACUUAAGGGCUCUUGUAGUUGAACACGGGAGUGCCCAUCCCGACGCUCUUACCCACAGCACUUCCUCAGGGAGCGCUCUCGGCUCCCAGUCUAACUGUUCCCCUCCCGUCACCAUGGUUUCACAUUCCCGGUCCCCUGGCUUCACACCCUUUGUGUUCAGUGUCUGUGUUGUUUUUGUAUUUCUAUCCAAAUGGAGAAGCGGUAUUCAUGUAUUUGUAUAAGCUGUUAUAAGAAUAAAUAGUUUUUUUGUACUAAG